AUGCCCCUGCCCCCGCAGCCCCUCCUCUUCCUCCUCCUCCUCCUCCUCCUGCUCCUCCUCGGGACCCUGGGCAGGGCCGGACCCAGAUCCCAGGGGCCGCCAGUGUCCCUGUCCGCGACGCUGCACAAGUGGAGGGAAUACCGGCAGCAGUGUCUGAGGCUCCUGUGGGAGACGCCUUCACCGGCCGCAGAAUUCUCUAGCGAGGGAGUCACCGUUUGCAACCGAACGUUUGACGACUACGCCUGUUGGCCAGAUGGAGUCCCGGGGACCUUUGUCAAUGUUACCUGCCCCUGGUAUCUGCCCUGGGCAAGCAGGGUCUCCCACGGACAGGUUUACCGCUUCUGCACUCUCGAGGGCACGUGGCUGCAGGAGAAGAACGCCACCCUGACCUGGAGGAACCUGACUGAGUGUGAGGACGCCGAAAAGGGGCAAUGGAGUCCCCCCGAGGAGCAGUUUCUGUUUCUCUCCAUCAUCUACACGGUGGGCUACGCCCUCUCCUUCUCCGCCCUGAUCGUCGCCACUGCCAUCCUCCUCCAGUUUAGACACCUGCACUGCACCCGGAACUAUAUCCACCUGAAUCUCUUCACCUCCUUCAUCCUCCGGGCCCUGUCUGUCUUCAUCAAGGACACCGUGCUCAAGUGGAUGUACAACACAGCUACCCAGCAGCACCAGUGGGAGGGCUUCCUUGCCUACCAGGAAUCUCUGGGCUGCCGCUUGGUCUUCCUGAUGAUGCAGUACUGUGUGGCCGCCAACUACUACUGGCUCCUGGUGGAAGGGGUGUACCUGUACACGCUGCUUGUGCUCUCCGUCUUUUCCGAGCAAAGGAUCUUCCGGAUUUAUCUGUGCAUUGGCUGGGGUGUGCCCAUGAUGUUUGUCAUUCCUUGGGGAAUAGUCAAGUACCUCUAUGAAGAUGAAGGCUGCUGGACCAGGAACACAAACAUGAACUACUGGCUGAUCGUCCGGCUCCCCAUCCUCAUCUCCAUAGGGGUGAACUUCCUCAUUUUCAUCCGCGUCAUCUGCAUCAUCAUUUCCAAGCUGCAGGCAAACCUGAUGUGUAAAGCUGAUACCAAAUGCAGACUGGCCAAAUCCACCCUGACCCUCAUCCCACUGCUGGGGACGCAUGAGGUCAUCUUCGCCUUCGUGGUGGAUGAGCACGCCCGGGGGACCCUGCGCUACGUCAAGCUGUUUGCUGAACUCUCCAUCACCUCCUUCCAGGGGCUGAUGGUUGCCAUCCUCUACUGCUUCAUCAACAACGAGGUCCAGGCUGAAUUUCGGAAGAGCUGGGCGCGCUGGAGGCUGGAGCGUUCGUCCAUCGAGAGGGACAGCAGCAUGAAACCCACCCAGUGUCCAGCCGGCAGCCUAAGCAGCGCAGGUAGCGUCUACGCGGCCACUUGCCAGGCCUCCUGCAGCUAAGACUGCCCAUCAUCCCUCUCGCCGGGUCGGAGGAAAAGCAAUUUAACCGGAUUAUCUCACUGGGAGGGGUAAAUUAUCACCUGCUUUGCAGAGGAGGAGUUGGAUUUUCUGCCCGUAAAGGCACAAGGCCUCCAGGUGU